GUUAAAGUUAAUGUUUGUGGUAGUUGCCAUUAUUCCAUUAAAAAUACUAGGAUAAUAGUGCUAACUGUAAUUUUAACAUUGCACACUGACUUUUCGCAAGUAAUCGUCAAUCUGUAUUUGAAACGAAAACAAUGGGUCAAAGUCAAUCAUCUGGUGGCCCUGGGGGCAGUGGAAGUGGAGGAGAUAAAAAAGAUGAUAAAAAAAAGAAGAAGUAUGAACCUCCUGUACCGACCAGGGUUGGUAAGAAGAAGAAGAGACAAAAGGGACCAGAAGCAGCUAGUAAACUACCAUUAGUUACUCCACAUACCAGAUGUCGCUUAAAGUUAUUGAAGCUUGAACGCAUUAAGGAUUAUUUACUUAUGGAGGAAGAGUUUCUGAGAAACCAGGAACGUUUGAAACCUCAAGAAGAAAAACAUGAGGAAGAAAGAUCUAAAGUUGAUGAUUUGCGAGGAACACCGAUGUCUGUUGGAACAUUGGAAGAGAUAAUUGAUGAUAAUCAUGCAAUUGUAUCUACUUCAGUUGGCAGUGAACAUUAUGUUAGCAUAUUAUCUUUUGUUGACAAAGAUCAAUUGGAGCCUGGCUGCUCGGUUUUGCUGAAUCACAAAGUCCAUGCUGUGGUUGGUGUAUUAUCAGAUGACACUGAUCCGAUGGUUACUGUUAUGAAAUUAGAAAAAGCACCACAAGAAACAUAUGCAGAUAUUGGUGGUCUUGACCAGCAGAUUCAAGAAAUAAAGGAAUCUGUUGAGUUGCCCCUGACACAUCCAGAAUAUUAUGAAGAAAUGGGAAUUAAACCCCCUAAAGGUGUAAUACUGUAUGGACCUCCUGGCACAGGUAAGACAUUACUUGCCAAAGCCGUUGCCAAUCAAACUUCUGCCACAUUUUUAAGAGUUGUGGGAUCUGAGUUAAUCCAGAAAUACUUGGGUGACGGUCCAAAGCUUGUUCGAGAAUUAUUUAGAGUUGCAGAAGAACAUGCUCCCUCUAUUGUGUUCAUUGAUGAAAUUGACGCUGUUGGUACUAAAAGAUAUGAUUCAAACUCUGGUGGUGAAAGAGAAAUUCAGCGAACAAUGUUAGAAUUGUUGAAUCAGUUGGAUGGUUUUGAUUCAAGGGGUGAUGUGAAGGUUGUGAUGGCAACUAAUCGAAUAGAAACCCUUGAUCCUGCUCUUAUCAGGCCUGGCCGUAUUGAUAGAAAAAUUGAAUUCCCUUUGCCAGAUGAGAAGACUAAAAGAAGGAUUUUCCUCAUUCACACUGCCCGAAUGACAUUAGCAGAGGAUGUAAAUAUUGAUGAUUUAGUUAUGGCAAAAGAUGAUUUGUCUGGAGCAGAUAUCAAGGCUAUUUGUACAGAAGCUGGGUUGAUGGCUCUGAGAGAGAGGCGUAUGAAAGUAACUAAUGAAGACUUCAGAAAAUCUAAAGAGAAUGUUCUGUAUCGUAAAAAAGAAGGAACUCCCGAGGGCUUAUAUUUAUAAAUUUUGUAGGAUUUCUCUUCACUUGUUUUUUUUUUUAUAACUUCCAUUAUUGAAAUAAAUUCAUUGACUGUC